UUGCAUCUUGUACACGGGUCAUAUGAUCACUGAGCUUGAUGUUAACAUCAACAUUCUGAUAAUUUUCUUUACUUAACGACAGAUAGUACAGAAGACACGAGAAAACGAAUCGGCAAUCAAAAAAAUACGAGAUAUAACAAGAGUACGGAAUACGUCAUUUCUGAGCAUACACCAUGGCUUGUAAAUCAUCGAAUCGUACCAAGCAAGUUUUAACUUACGACCAGGUGGAACGCUUAGACCAUGUACUCAUCGAGCCUAUUCAGGUACACGGUAGGGGGAAUUUUCCCACACUGGAGAUCCAACUGCUGGACCUUGUGGAUAUCGUUCAAGAAAAACUGGAAAGUGAAGGAGUAAAAGUAGAUAGUAUUCGGCUUAAUGGUGGAGCCGCAAGCUUUGUUUUAAGUUCGGAUCCAAACAGGACUCCAUUUAAUGACCUGGAUUUGAUAUUUCGUGUGGACCUGUCAGCCCCUCGGAACCUAAACAUCAUCCGAGAAGUUGUGCUGGAAUCACUACUGAACUUCCUGCCCGAGGGCGUUAGAAAAGAGCGUAUGUCUCAUUGUGUUUUGCAAGAAGCUUAUGUAGAUAAGAUGUUUAAAGUUACAGAUAAGGAUAGGUGGAGUCUUAUCUCGCUGUCAAACAACAUGGGAAAAAAUGUGGAGUUGAAAUUUGUGGAUGAGAUGCGAAGGCAGUUUGAAUUUAGUGUCGACUCAUUUCAGAUUAUCCUUGAUUCGCUUCUUAAUUUCUACAAAGUGACAGACAUCUACAUGAACGAACACUUUUAUCCAACUGUUUAUGGCGAGAGCCUUUAUGGGGACUUUACGGAAGCUCUCUCCCACUUGAACCAGAGGCUUAUUGCCACAAGGUGUCCAGAAGAAAUAAGAGGAGGUGGUCUUUUAAAGUACUGUAAACUUUUAGCAUUGAACUACGAGCCCGCAAGCAUGAAACAGAUAAAGAUCUUUGAGCGGUAUAUGUGUUCACGUUUCUUUAUUGAUUUUAAAGAUUUGAAUCAGCAGCAGCAAAAAUUGGAAACUUAUCUGCAGAUGCAUUUCCAAGGUGACAACGUUACGAAACACAAAUAUCUUUUGAUUUUACGCCGUGUUGUGGAUUCUAGUACAGUUUGUCUGAUGGGGCAUGAACGACGACAGAUUUUGCAUUUGAUCUCUGAAAUGGCAGCAGAAAUUGAUCGUCUAAUAGCCUAUGAACAGCAUCAACAGUCACUUGUUGCGUUUCAUCCUUACAUUCCAACGUACACAUACGAGAAAGGAUGUGUUUAUUCAGCUAAAUCUUACAUUCCACCGCAACACUACUUCCCAUAUAAGUUACAUGGGAACAAGCAAGUUAACACAGGCAGCAAAUGAGAACUUAUCACAAUCUUAUAAACCAAAGGAUCAGGUACAAAUGAACUACUGUCCAGAUAUUUUAACAACAGUAGUGGUAUCAUUAUCUUAAUCAAAAAAUAAAUUUUUAAUUCACUUAAAAUUUGAAGCCCUGGGAAUACAGUACAGUAUGUUUAUCCUUAAAAUUGUGGAAACGAUUUAAAAAAAAGUGAAGUGAUUAAAUCACAGAUCUAUUCAUAAACUUCCAUUUAUCAAUGGAAUUUAUUUUUAAACAACAUAAAAUACGGAGUGUCUCAAGUAGAUUAGUAUCCAGUAAUGGGCUGUAAAUGGCUGUGAUCUAGGUUAAACAUGUGACUGACUUCAACAAGUUAACAGCUGAAGUAGUUUACCAUUUGUCCACAAAAAGGAAAGUCUCCAUAGUUAUUAUUAUUGCCUGCCAAUUAUUUUCUCAUAAUUAUUUCAUAACAGUGCAGUUCAAUAAUUUAUACAACAAAUAUUUGAUAUGUGUGUACAUUGCAUGUCAUACAUUAAGAUGUUUUGUGUAUAUGCUAGCAUAUUGCAUAUUAAUGUUAAAUUCUAUUUAAGUAAUUAAUGGAUAAUAUAAUGUGAUAUGCUCACAGCAAUAUAAUGGAGCAACAUUUAUUGAGGUACCAUAAAAAAUUACAAGAAAGGCCUACUGAAAAAUAAAUAUAUUUCUUUAUUGUAUUUUUUGACAGAUUUAGUUCUGUCUUUUUUCAGGUUGAAAAUUUUACAACUGAUUUAAGAAGCAAGGAAAAAAAUUAGUCCCAAUAUGAUAUUUUCAGUUAAUUAGGAAUUUUAAUUAGCUAGAUGCAGUUUGGUUUUAAUUGUCAUAAAUUGCCUGUUUAUUUAGGCUGACAUUUUGGGCGAAAGUGCAUGACUUCAGUUAAUUGUUAACUGCACAGCUUUUGAAAAUUCACUUCCAAUGGUUAUGCAUCUGUUUUAUAAAAUAUGAAAGUGGAGUGCUGUAGAAAAGAAAACUGAAUGAUUGGGGGUAUAUGAAAUAUGUGUUAAUAACUGAUCUUGGCUUGGUAAAAUUUAAAAAUUGUCUUUCCAAGACAAACCAAAACUAGCAGCAGCUGUGAAAUUACGACCAACAAUUUACACUUUGUUUACAUAAAUUAUAAGUGUGCUUUCAACUAUAAGCUACAAAGUAGUAAAACAGAAGAUAAAGAAAUGAAUGGAUGAGAGAGAUGGAAAGAGAGUGAGGAGAGAUAAAAAAAAAAUCAAGUAUGUAUGCAAUGGGGAAAUAUUUUGUAUAGAAAAAAAAAGAAUGUAAAGUUUAUUUUUGUUUUGUCUUAAUUAUAUCAAAAGAAAGUUAUAUAUUAUGUUUGUCAAGAUUUAUUAGCUAAUUCUGAAAAACAAUAACAUGGUGUUUCUUGGAUAGCGUACUGCUUUGAAAUGGAGGUUAACGUCAAGGAAGUUGUGUUUUUUUAUAAUCAGAAAUGUGUAAUCAGGUCUGUAAUCUGGUUUUUUUAAUUUUUUGGUUUGGCCUACCCCUUAAGUUAAAUUUUACCUUCACUUGGUUAAAAAUACCCUAACAAAAUUAAGAUACAAUGUGCAUGCUAAAAUGCUUCAGUUCUGAGAUGUCAGCCUCUAAACCACCCCCCCCCAACAAGAGUUCUUACUCAAGACUUAGAAGGGUAACCCCUGCCUCAUCCUGUAUUCCAAAACUCGCACACUUCAGGAAUCUUGGUUAAAGGCCUGGUACAAAUAACUUCAUUGCUAACUGCUUUACUCCAUGAUCUGAUCUACAUACGGUGGGUUCUGAAUAGCAUUGGCCUAGAAUUAAACAGUUGUUUAUGAUCCAAAGUCCAUGGAAAAAGCUAACUGUCAAAACGACCAAUCAGCUGACAGUUUGGCAUAUCUCAGUUAUGCAAGUUCUGAUUAUGAAUCUAUAGUAAAUUUUUUUUUGUGAUACUCGCAAAGUAAAAUGGAGCUGUGUACUACCAUACAGUGCAUUAUUCCCAACUGAGGAACACCAUGUUAUUGUGGAGAAAUAUUAUACAAGGUUACACGAUAAGUACUAAAACUAAACAUAGCUUGAAGGGGAUAAGAUUUCUGCACCACUACACAUAGAAAAUUUCACCCUAAAGUAAUGUACAAUAGACCAUAUAAAAAAAAACACCUGUUUCUUGUCUAGAAUGAAGCUUUGUUUUAU